GACGUACUUAGGACGUAAGGACAUUUUUAUGAUGUUUUUAGAACGUCUUUUGGAUGUCUGUGCUGUCUGGGAAAGUCGAAAGAUUAUUUUCUCCUUUAAAUUAAAUAACUUUGUUUGUAAAGAAAGUAGCACCGCAGGUUAAAAGAAAAAGUUUGCGCUUUCAAAUUCCGUUAACUGUGUUUAUAUGCAUUGUUUUAUUUAUGCAAUACAAUUUGAUAAAUUUCAUAAAAAAAACGUAAGUUAACGCAGUUGAACAGUGUGGAUCGAAUAGACGUCAUCUCCACAUUUACUAAUAAAAGAUCCUACGAAAAUCCUAUUAUCGUCAAACAUACGAAUUGAUUCUACAAGUGGAGUGUAAACACGAUUACUGUAUGAAGUAGAGUAACUGAGAAAAACAUGAAGCGUCCCUUUAAUAGUGAAAGUGAUAUUUCUAAUAAGAAUCCUAUAGUUUUUCUGGAUGUUGUUGUCGGGCCCGAGAAAGUAGGCAGAAUCGUCAUAGAAUUGUUCAAGGAUAUUGUUCCACGGGCUGCGGAAAAUUUUCGCGCACUAUGCACUGGCGAAAAGGGCACUGGAGUGAACGCCAAGAAAUUACACUACAAAGGAUGUAUUUUCCACAAAGUCAUACCACAGUUUAUGAUCCAGAGUGGAGACAUUGUCAAUUUUGAUGGCACCAGUGGAGAGAGUAUCUACGGUCCUUACUUUGAGGAUGAGAACUUUCAAUUGAAACAUACAUCUGCAGGGUUGCUUAGUAUGGUGAAUGAGGGAAAGCCAAACACCAAUAGUUCUCAAUUUAUUAUCACUUCUGUACCUUGCUUCCACUUGGAUGACACUAAUGUAGUGUUCGGGAAAGUUGUUAAAGGCAUGGGUGUAGUGAUGGAGCUCAAUAAAGUGCGGACUGUGAAGGAUGCUCCAGUUGAUAAAGUACAGAUAGUCAAUUGCGGAGAACUGAAAGGAUAUGAAAGCUGGGGAAUGGAAGAAAAUGAUGGAUCUGAUGAUGUUUAUACACCAUGGCCUGAAGAUUGGGAUUAUUCUUCUUAUAUCGACAAACUUAGUCAUAAAUACAUGAAAGAAGUCAUAAGAAAAAUAAAGGACUCUGGAAACCAUUAUUUCUCAAGAAAAAAUUUUGUGGAUGCUGGUAGAAAGUAUAAGAAAGCAUUGCGAUAUUACGAUUGGAUGACAAAGCAGAAAGACUUGUCAGAUAUACCUGACAGCACACUGCCAGACCUUAAGAUGAUCAUAUUACUUAAUAUGGCUGCUGUAAAAUUAAAGAAGCAGUAUUAUCGCGAUGCGAUGGAACAUUGUAAUGACGUCUUAGAAUUGGACAAAGCUAAUAGCAAAGCAUUAUUUCGAAGAGGGCAAGCUUAUAUCGGCAUAAAUGAAUAUGGAUUAGGCUUAGCAGAUUUGCAACAAGCACUCCUGGAAUGCCCUAAUAACAAGGAUAUCAUUCAGGAAAUAAAUAAAGUAAAAAAGAUUAUAAAUUCUUAUUUAAUAACUGAAAAAGCGACGUGUCAAAGAAUGUUCAAACAAUGAAAUUGCUUCUUAAAGAGAUUACAGAUUAUGACAUUGUUUUAUAUAUAUAUAAUAUUACAUUAAUAAUCACUUUCACUUAUUUAAAGAUAAAUCAAUGUAUGUAUUAGAUUGAUGAAGAAAUCUAUGCGCUUUUUUAUUGACAUAUUGGGUAAAGUUAUAUUUAUUAGGUAAAAAGCUAUAUUGGGUAAAGAACAAAUCAACUUUCUCAUCAAUUUAACACGAUCAUAUGAGUACUAUUUUUUUAUAUUCAAAUAAGCAAAUAUAUUAUGUUUCAGUACUUAUUAACGUGAUAUAAAAUUACAAAUUUUUAUAUUUAAACAAUACAAAUUUUUUAAUAUUAAGUGAGAAAAAUUAAAAAUAUUCUGG